AUGCGAAUUCGGUAUCCUUUUGCAGGCGCCUUCGUCUUCCUGCUCAUUCUAUCUGCCUACAUAGGUCUCCUACCGCACAGCGAAUCGCCCUCCGUUCCUCCCAAUCUUCAACCAAAUGACAAGCUCCUCCACGUCGUCACUUUCUUCCUGCUCUCUCUCAUCUUCUACUGGAUCCCCGACACGUCCCGCCGACGUACCCUCCACCUAACCUUGGUCGUCUGCACUCUCGCCCUCGGAGUCGGAUCCGAGAUUCUCCAGGGCAUCCUCCCCAACGGCCGAUCUUUUGACCCAUUUGACCUGCUAGCCAACAUUGUUGGAAGUCUCGGCGCAGUCGGGCUAUGCAGCUGGUACCACCGGCGGAUGCUGGAGCGGCGGCGCAAAUCCCGCUUCGGGUCUCUGGGCGAGGGAGGCGAUGACGAUGUCGAGCUAGGCCACCGUGAAGGAGAGGGGCUAGAGCCGCAGGAAUCCGGCGUGAUCAACCUAGAGCAAGAGGUUGAUAACUGGGAUGAGAAUGCGGUGGAUAAUUGGGAUACGGAGGAUGGCGAUGAUCCCAGUAAUGCUCUGACUGGGGCAACCUCUGGAGACAAGGAUCAUAAGGGUCCCAUAGAAGGAGGGAAGAGGAGCGACUAA